UUCCAGUGUUUGUGUGGAGUGAUUGUUAGCAGACAGAACAGUGAGGGAGGCUUUCAGGCGUCUGUUAAGUUAACAAAGCACAGUCCUCUCCUUAUGUAGCUCUUAUUGUAUGAAUGAGUUAGUGUCACAGAGAGAACGUCAGCUGGACGAGACUCAACUGUUGUUUAUGCGUUUGUGAGUGAGGGAGUGGGACGGAUAUAAAGGGAGGAGAGAUAGCCAAGCGGAGAGGUGCUUCUAUUUGUUUUAAUUUUCCUGUAACGAUCGAGGAGCAACAGAAACACAGAUCGGCUGUCAGUCUCAGUGCACACACUGCAGAGAGGAGGACUCCUGUGGACGCACACGCACGUGUUCGCACCUGUUGAGCGGAUCUGUUCACGUCCUGCAGUCAUGUCUGUCUCCACGGGUGUGUGAGGGGCUGCUCGUGUCUAUCAGGGGUCUUCCUAUCUUACAGGGGAGAGAUGUCAUCGCUCUAUUCACGCAGCAAGGACCUUUCCUCUCGCUCCAGAAAGUCCCUGUCGGACUCGCCGCCCUCCUCCCCGUCCCCCAGCACCAAAACAUUCAGACAAGACCGGGUGUCAAGCAGGUCAGACCCUAGUGGUGUGGAGUCUCCAUCAGACAGACUGUCAGCCCGGACCAGCACAUACACACGCAGAGAGAACAGACUCGCCUCUCUGAGCAAAACAGAGGACGACUCGGCCAGCAAGGACUAUAAGAAGCUGUAUGAGGACGCACUGACUGAGAAUGAGAAGCUGAAGUCUCGACUGCAGGACAGCAAACAGGAGCUCACAAAAAUCCGCUCACAGCUUGACAGAGUCACACAGAAGCAGGACAGAAUAUCAGAGAGGUCCUCUGUAUUUGAAUCAGAGAAAAGGGAAAAAGAAGCUUUGGAGAAGAGGGUUACAGACAUGGAAGAAGAAUUAAAGCAGACACCUUCAGUGAGGUUUCGCUACCAGCCCUGAGUUCAUCCUCAGCUGGACUGGGUGAAAGGGGGCAGAUGGUUUUGACAGAACUCAAGUCUGAUAACCAGCGGCUAAAAGAUGAGAAUGGAGCCUUAAUCAGAGUCAUCAGCAAACUUUCCAAGUGAGGACAGCCGGUUAAAGAAGAGGAGAAAUACUGAACAGAAAGAGACCAAAUCUGAGAAUUUCACAAUGACUUCACAUUGAUCUGCUCUUGGUGCAGCAGCUCAAGGGUUAAAGAGUUUGGCUAACCAAAAGUUUCAAAUUUUGUCAUAAUUUACUUAUGUUGUUACAAACUGUUAUCACUUUCUUUCUUCUCUGGAACACAAAAGAAUUGUUCAUACAAUUCAUACAGUGAAAGUCAGUCAUCACCAAAACUGUUGUGUUCAAGAGAAGAAAGCAAGUAUCCACUUUCUUAAAAAAUAUGGUGAUAGCCUGAUUUAGAUAAUUUCUAUCUGGUUUAGGUGGUUGACUGAUGGGACAACCAGCUAGUGGAGCUGAGGUCAACCAACAUAACCGACCAUUUUUCUGCUGACGAAGGCCAGACUGAGUUGGUUAAGUGUUCAAAAACAUUGAACUAGUUAACUGGUUUUGCCACCUUAAGUUGGGCUGACUUGUAGUUUGCAGUAGGGUACUCCAAUCACACUGUAAGAACAGUGUUUGGUUGAAUGUCCAUAAUAGUCCAAGCUGGUUUAAAGGUGCUAAAAAUAAAGGUUCUUUAUUGACAUCAGUGGUUAUACAGUAUAUGUUAAGAACUGUUCACUUAAAGGUUCUUUGGGGAAACCCAAAAUGGUUCUUCUUUGAUAGGAAACCCCCUUUUUGGAAACAGAUUGCCACUAGUCUCCAUGUGGAACCAGCACAAACAUUCUCUUAAACCAGCAAAAUUUUGUUUGUGAGGCUGGUCAAGGUUUCUGAUGAAGCUGGCUGACUAGAAGACUCUUGCUUGUCAAGAAGCCUUGUGGGAACAACAGUACAUUUCGGAUAAACAGCCAAACCACAGCAUUGGUCACUAACUGUUCUGGUCUUUUCAGCAGGGAAAAGCUGAACAAACUGCCAUUCCCUUAAACGGUAUUUGAUCAUCAGUCAAAUCGAAUUAUUCUGAAAGCGGUCGUUUGGUUCAGUAUGAUCUUCAGAUGCUCUGCCAAAACAUUCUAAAAGGAAUGUUCCCACUGAGAGAUGAUGUCACUCUCCUCCUGUCAACCCAUUUGUCCUGCUUGCUUUUACAUUUGUAGAGUUUAUAUAUGACCUGAUGGGCUGAAGAAUGGAUAUGUCGAACCAGUCAAAUGUUUUAUAUUUAUUUGUGCCUUUUGUUUGUAAUUACGUGUAACUAUAUGGAUGAAACCGAAACACAUCACACAUAUGCCAUUUCAGAUGCUUUGUUUUUCAUAGUCCACAGUUUUUAACCUGUAAUCUUGAAACAAUGCUCACAGCACUUUGUGAUUUUUGUUGUUUGCCUGAGUAUUAAAAACACACUGUAAAAUACAAAA